UCCAUAACGGCAGGCAAAAUCAUAAAACGGUGAAACAGGCAAUAGGUAGAGCGAGGCACAAACAGGCUAUCGUAAACUCAGCAGAAUCAAAGACGAGAAACAGGAAAUCAGGGAGCAGGAAACCAAACGAGGAUAUCAGGCUCGGUAAUGUGUCAGCAAUGCAACUCAAUACUUCGCAAAAAUGUAAAUCAAUCAUUGCCUGGAUGGAGAAUGCUUCCUCCUCAUCAUCCGUUCUCCCUUCCUGCACCUACAAAGAGGAUUUUAAGCGCAUCCUCCUUCCUGUGGUGUACAGCGUGGUCUUUGUCCUCGGCUUGCCACUCAAUUUUGCUGUCAUCCUGCAGCUGUGGGGAAACAGACGUUCCCUGACAAGGACUAACAUCUACACGCUGAACCUGGCAGCAGCUGAUCUCCUGUAUGUGUGCUCUCUCCCUCUGCUCAUCUACAACUAUGGCAGUCGAGACUACUGGCCCUUUGGAGAGGUGACAUGCCGAUGGGUCCGUUUCCAGUUCUACAGCAACCUGCACGGCAGCAUCCUUUUUCUCACCUGCAUCAGCGUUCAGCGCUAUCUGGGAAUCUGCCAUCCUCUGUCCCUGUGGCUCAGAAAGGCAGGACGUAAGCUAGCAUGGGCUGUGUGCGGCAGCGUCUGGGUCAUUGUAGCACUUCUGUGUGCACCUACGUUUGAAUUUGCAGCGACGGGCAUCCAGCGAAAUCGUACCGUGUGCUACGAACUGAGCGUGCCUGAGCGCUCGCAGCAGUACUACCCAUACGGUAUGGCCCUGACCUGCCUGGGCUUCUUGGUGCCCUUUAUGGUCAUUGUGGUGUUAUACUGCAGGAUGGCACGGGUUCUGUGCCAAAAAGAUGAUGCCAAUGGUGAAGCAGCUAAGGCAAAGAAGUGCAAAGCUGUAAAGAUGAUCGCCAUUGUGGUGCUGGUGUUUGCCGUCAGCUUCCUGCCAUUCCAUGUGACCAAAACUAUGUACUUGCUCAUGAGGACCUUGCCUGAUGCUCCAUGCCAGCUCCGGAACUUUUUGUCUGUGGUGUAUAAGAGUACAAGGCCCUUCGCCAGCAUGAACAGCGUGCUUGAUCCCAUCCUGUUCUACUUCACACAGCCCAAAUUUAGACACAGCACACGCAAACUGCUGGUCAGGAUCACUACGGUUAGAUAAAACAACAAACCAGGAGCAAGAACACCACAAAACCUACUCGACAAAAAAAAAAAAAAUUAUGAAUGCUAUGAAAUAUAAAAGCAUCAAGGUUCCCACCAAGGUUCAAUAACUACUGAGGAAGAGUUCCAGAACUCUCCUUACAUUCCUGACCGUACUUAAAUAAAUGAUGUGAGCAGUAUAAUGACAUUUCACCCCACAGCAAAACAUCCAUCCAUUAUCCAUAACCGCUUAUCCUGUGCAGGGUUGCGGGCAAGCUGGAGCCUAUCCCAGCUGACUAUGGGCGAAAGGCGGGGUACACCCUGGACAAGUUGCCAGAUCAUCGCAGGGCUAACACAUAGACACAGACAACCAUUCACACUUACAUUGACACCUACGGUCAAUUUAGAGUCACCAGUUAACCUAACCUGCAUGUCUUUAGACUGUGGGAGGAAACCCACGCAGACACGGGGAGAACAUGCAAACUCCACACAGGCUCAAACCCAGGACCUUCUUGCUGUAAGGCGACAAUGCUAACCACUACACCACCUUGCCACCCAACAGCAAAACAGUAAACCUGAAUUACAGUAUCAAUAAAGUACAGAAAUGAAUGAUCCAUUUAAAAUGGAAAAAAACCCACGUACAUCUUUCCUUAACGUAAAACACUAAAAUCCGCAUAAUAAGUCUGCGAGUGUCUGCAAUGUUUACCAUUUCCCUUUAGUUUCCCCUUUUUCUGCCACAAGUGUAUUCGUAAUUACUAAUUUUCACCACAGUUAAUCACAUUUUCCAUGAAUGCACUUGAGCCUAUCAAAGAUUGAGUUAAUUGUAGUCAUUUUUUAAACAAACAAAUAUACAGACAUGGAAAACACUUAGAUAUGUAAUCAUAACCAUGGACUAAUAAACCUGCAGUCCACACACAAUAUAUUUAGCAGAUGCUCUUAUCCAUACCCAGUGCAGCAGUUGGGGGUUAGAUGCCUUGCUCAAGGGCACUUUAGCCAUUCCUGCUGCUCCAGGGAAUCGAACCAGUAACCUUCUGAUCCCAAAGCUGCUUCUCUAACCAUUAGGCCCUCUCUCUGAUCAUAAAAUGAGGACAGUAUAUGAGCUUAGAAAACAAAAUCUAUUCUCAGUCUUAUCUGUAUAGUACACAACGUUUCCAGUGAAAGUUUCCAGCCUUUAUCAGCUGCAUAAGGAUCGUGAUUCUGAAGCUGUAGAAAUAUACCAGUCAUAUAUUUCUGAAAUGUGAAAGUACUAUGUUUGUCUUUCAAAUCACGUAUUUGAAAUCUAGUUUGAAACAUUAUUUCUGACAAAUAUCUAUCUGGUCUGAAAGACGGGCUUGUCACAGUUGCAUGAAGCAUGAGCACGAGAGAAACGCUUUGUGGUUAUAUAAGUCUGUAAAUAAAGCGUAUUAUGAUAUCCACAUUCACAGGAUAUGAGCAAUCGCACGCUCUGAUUGGCUACUCUGCUACUACUAGGCUAUCAGCUCAUAUACUGUGAGUAGAGAAAAACAAAGUGGCGGAGCGCAUCAAGUCAGAUACUGUACAUCACUUUGUUAUCAAGUAUUUAAAAGAUACAGAAAUAGCGAAAAGAAUAUAGGGUCCCCCCCCCCAAGUAUCUCCUGUUCCACACUCCAGCCCAGUCAGUGGCAGUAACGCACCUUUCAGUUGGCUUGCCAACCACCAAAAAAGACCCAAAAGAAGAAGAGGAAGAAGAAAAUGGCGGAGUGUGUUGCUGAACCAACCGAGGACGAAAUAAAAACUACUCGAAAACAAAACCCAAAAAAAAUCCCCCCCCAAAAAAAGCAACAAAUUAUGGAAUGAAAGUAUUUGAUGGGAAGAGCGUAUCUUUUGUUUCAAGAAUUAUUAUUAUUAUUGCAUUUUUCACAAAAUAUGACUGUCAUUUAGCUAGUUUGUUUACAUUCUUAGCGGAAAUUAUUUUGUUUGACAUUUUGCAUAAAAUGUUUAUUUAUCGGAUACGGAAAAAAUGAAAAUAAAAAUGCUCUGUUUCUCAAAAUCCAGUGAACGUGGAUAGAACAAAACAGUUAUUCCACUCAAUCUCAUCGUACAUGGCUUAUUGCUCAUGUGAUAGUGCAGUAAACAUAGGCGAAAACAGCCCAUAAGCACUUUUUUUUGCACUGUAUAUUCAGGUCUCAUGCUUGCUUCAAUGGAUAAUCUCACGUGAAUUCUAUAGAUUUUACCUUCCGCUGUAAUCCUAAAGACUGUCCUGUGCUCAUCUCUGGACUUGUAUUCACAAUAGGCUCAUACUGAACAUCCUUUUAACACACAGUACUGUUUAUCUUUACUCUUUAUAAUCCCACUAUGUGUGUGAACGUAAAUCCGCGUGAAGGGCAACCUGUGAGACUUAACAACCUCAGCCACUAGGUGGUGGGAUUUACCAAGACAUACUGGCAACAGCGCGCCUGCUCUUUUAGUUGUUCUGACUUAUAUCCAUUUUCAAGGGAAAGUAUUUCUGUUCUAAAUACAAUUUCACAUACCCUCAUGCUUCCUUAAGCAAGUAUUUAUAUAAUGAGAAAACAUGACUGAAUACGCAGGCUACACACUGAAUAUAAAUCCCUGAAUAAAUACAGGAUAUGAACUCAUCAUAUAUUGCACUCUUGUUUUGAGCAUGUGGUGUGGUCAUGAUUUCACACUUCCAGCAAAUCUAUAAAUGGAAAUGCAUGUAGCUACGAGGGUACUUCAAAAAGUUCUUGGCUUCACAUGGAAACAAGGGGUCUAACAACCAUUUUGGGCCAUAACUGUAUACUCCAUCCACUAUCUGUAACCGCUUAUCCUGUGCAGGGUCACAGGCAAGCUGGAGCCUAUCCCAGCUGACUAUGGGCGAGAGGCGGGGUACACCCUACAGAAAGGCCCCUGUUGGCCACUGGGCUCAAACCCAGAACCUUCCUGCUGUGAGGUGACAGUGCUAACCACUACACCACCGUGCCGCCCAUAACUGUAUACUACAAAGCCUUAUAUCACUGUCUACUAAACUCAAAUGAAAGAAGCAAUCAAAGAAAAUAAAAAAAGAGGAAUGCUUCAAACUUGCGUGUUGUUGCUCCAGGACAAUGCACCCGUUCAUACAGCACAGCUAGCAGUGGCAGAAGCAGCCAAAUGUGGCUGUGAACUGUUGCCCCAUCCGACCUGGCACCAUCUGACUUCUAUGUUUCCCAAACUAAAAUCCCACUCACAUGGUCGCCAUUUUCAGAGUAGAUGAAGUCAUCCAUGUUGUUGAGGAGGAUCUGCAGGCUCAAGAUGUGACCUUCUUCCGUGAACAGAUAGCAAAGCUUGAACAUUGGUGGACCAAUGUUGAAAAAUAGUAUAAGAACAAUCUUUCUUUUGUGACAUUUUCUGGGUGAGGCCAAGAACUUUUUGAAGCACCCUCAUAUUGAAAAGGCAUAUGUAGUGGAAAUGCUGUGCCACUUGAACACGUUUUACUGUUGGCCUGUGAGAAUAUGUAUAAUCUGUGAAGUCGUUGGGUGUCUUGCAAUUUUCGAAGUUUUAAAACCUGUGUGUGUGUGUGUGUGUGUACUGUACAUUCAUAUCAAAUAUUAAAUGUGAAUUUCAGAAGUAGAGAAUCACUGUGUUAUUACCUGACUGUAUCCUGAUAUAAUUUUGUACUUUUGCCUGUUAUGCCACAGUGUUUGCUGUUGCCUGCUUUGCUCAUGUCUUAAGAUACAAUAUGUAAACU